CCUCUCCGCCCCUCGCCAGCGCCGCCCCUGCCUGGCGCCAGCCUAUAUCUGCGGCGCAGCGGCCCCGGCCCGCCCGGCCAGGAUGCCAGGCGGGAGGCAGGGGCGCGGAGCGGCGGCGCCUUUCCCGGGGGAUGCGCGCCCGGCCGGCCGGUGACUGAGCGCGGCUCUGCCCGGCGGAGCGCCCUGGCCGCCCGCCCCUGCGCGCCUGGCCCGGGCCGUGCGCUGCGCGGGGCCCGCGGGCGGGCUGGCGGGGAGAUGCUGCCGUGGCGGCGGAACAAGUUCGAGCUGCUGGCGGAGGAGCCGCGGCAGCCCAGCAAGCCCAAGGGCUACGCGGUGAGGCUGCACUGCUCCGCGCUCGGCUCGCUGGCCCGCGCCUGCCCCGAGGGCGCGCUGCACCGCGUGGGCAGCAUGUUCCGCUCCAAGCGGCGCAAGUUCCGCGUCACCAGCGAGGACCCCACGUACACGGUGCUGUACCUGGGCAACGCGGCCACGCUGCAGGCCAAGGGCGAGGGCUGCACCGACCUGGCCGUGGGCAAGAUCUGGGCCAAGAGCGAGGCCGGCCGGCAGGGCGCUAAGAUGAAGCUGACCAUCGGCGCGCAGGGCAUCCGCAUGGCGCACGCCGAGGAGCGGGCCCCGCGCCGGCCGGGCCACCUCUACCUGCUGCACCGCGUCACCUACUGCGUGGCCGACCCGCGCCUGCCCCGCGUCUUCGCCUGGAUCUACCGGCACGAGCUGAAGCACAAGGCGGUGAUGCUGCGCUGCCACGCCGUGCUGGUCUCCCGGCCCGAGAAGGCGCGGGCCAUGGCGCUGCUGCUCUACCAGACCUCGGCCGCGGCGCUGGCCGAGUUCCGCCGCCUGAAGAAGCGCGACGACGCGCGGCACCAGCAGCAGCAGCUGGUCGGGGAGCAGAGCAUCCCGCUGGUGCCGCUGCGCAAGCUGCUGCCCGGGCGCGGCUGCUACAAGCCGCCGGUGGAGCGCAGCCGCAGCGCGCCCAAGCUGGGCUCCAUCACCGAGGACCUGCUGGGCGAGGCGCAGGAGGAGCGCGCCCGGCACUUCGAGUGCGAGGACAUCCUGGAGGCGCCCGGCGGCGCCCCGCUGCUGCUGCGGGCGGGCCCCGGCCGCCUGGACGGGCCGGAGCUGACCCAGCUCAUCAGCGACCUGGGCGAGCUCAGCAUCGGCAACGACCUGCAGGCGCUGCGGGCCGACCUGCGCGUCACCCGGCUGCUGUCCGGGGAGAGCACCGGCAGCGAGUCCUCCAUCGAGAGCAGCGGCCAGGACGGGGGCGCCGCGCCCUGCAACGGCCAGGAGGAGGGGGGCGGCCAGGAGCCGGAGACCGGCUGAGCCCCGCGGCCGGGGGACACCGCCUGCGCCCCAGCGGGGCUCUGGCUGAACCUUGAUCGCUCCGAGAAGCCGCCAGCGGACGCGCCGGGCUCCCUGCCCUUCCCCGUGCACCGGUACUGCCUGCCUGCCUGCCUGGGGGACGGCGGGCUGCACGGGACGCUGCGGGGGCCUCUGGGCGGCCGGGUCCGCAGCCCCGGGGAGGCAGGAAAACAGAGAGGCAAAGGGCAGCCUUUGUACAAGUCCAGGGGAGAUAUGUGCAAUGCUUUACACAACCCUGUGCGCCCACAAGAUGAGAGUCCCUGGGGGUCUGUCACUGGGCAGGGGCCGGGCUCGCUUGGCCCCUGUCCCAGUUCGCCAGGGAUCAUGGCACAGGAGCAGCGUCUCCGUUUCAUUGGCAGUUUCCACCUCUUGUUAAAAAAUAUUUGUUCGUUUUCAAGUAGGACAGGAACAGUUUGGCUGUCUGGUGCAUGAGCUUUGGGUUGUUGACCAGAGACCCCUGAAGAUCUGCCAAAUUCUCCAAACAGCUGUCUUGAGGGAGAGAUGUUGCGUUUUGUUUACAAUGAAAAAUUUAAUAUCUGAGAGGGAGUUUUCUUCCUUUUUAUAUAUUUUAAAAAAAUUGUUCCAUUCCAUGCUGUUGUGUAAGAUAUUUUUGCACUGUUGUGAAAUUUUUUUAGCCUUUUUUUUUUUGUACCUGAUCCCAUGUUCUCCUAUCUCAAUGUUCUAUUUCUUUUGCUAUGCAAAAGAAAAAUGUAAGUGUGGAUGUUCACUUGUACAUAUGGAAAAAAUGUAUGUCGAAUACAUUUUGUUAUUUUUAAGGACACCACCGUUUCCGUUUGCACACAAGUGGAGAUAAUAAAGAUGACAAUAAUUUAACAGAA